AUGAAGGGCGAUCACCUGUCCAAGCCCGCCCACACAGACACCCGGCAUACGCCCAUCCGUCAGAGAUACCAGCCUUGGAGGGACGUUUUCACCAUCAUUCUUGCGCUGGGCCUUUCCGUUGUCUCAAUCUGGAACUACGGCGCGAACUUGGAGCGGCUUAAGGCGCGGUUUCUGUCUAGUUAUACGCCUCAGUUGGGCAGUGUUACUUGGGAGAAAUGUCCGACGGGCGUGGACCCAAAGGCUCGAUGCGGGGCCAUCAUUGUACCGAAGGACUACUUCAACCAGGCAGAUGGAGGAAUUGCAUCGGUUGCUUUCUCGGUGUAUCGAGCUAGCAAAGGACCAAAGAAGGGCACCGUUUUCCUCAAUCCUGGUGGGCCAGGAGGAUCUGGUCUACGACUUGCUGGGCCUGCGUACGCGCAAUUUAUUGGAGAUGACUGGGAUUUGGUAGGAUUCGACCCUCGUGGAAUUGGAAGAACCAAGCCAACUGUCAGCUGUUUCCCCGACUUCCUCACCCACCAACUCUAUGUUACAAACACCGUCAUCGAACAAGGUAUCAAUGUCCCGCCUCUCGCCAACAUUUCGUCGCCUUUCUUCCGCGAGAGCCUUGUUGAACAAUAUCGACAAUACUUGGCGCUUCAGAAGGGUCAAAUUGAGCUAUGUGCGAAGACGAUGGGCGACGAGCUGCGGUACAUGGGGACUGCAAACGUCGUUCGCGACAUGGACUUCAUGGCAACGGCGUUUGACGGCGAGGAUGCGAAAAUAAACUUCCAUGGGGGUUCGUAUGGUUCUGUCCUUGGGACUUGGCUCGUGAACAUGCUCCCGGACCGUGUUGGUUACGUCGUCAUCGAUGGCAUUGUCGAUCCUAUUAGCUGGUCAACUGAUCCAGUAUACAAAUGGGCUUCUAACUGGUUGGCAUCAUCGGAAGAGACGUACGAAAUAUUCCUGAAGGAUUGCUCCGAAGCCGGACCAUCUUUAUGUCCUUUGGCACAGCACGAGAAUGAACCAACGGCGGACAUCGAAGAGCGAAUCGAGGCUUUCCUCGACGAUCUCUCUGUGAACCCGCUUCCCGUGCCACAUGCUCGACGUCCUGGCGUCCUCACCUCAGGUUCUGUGCGAGGCCUAAUCCUCUACUACCUCAUGCGACCCAUGGUCUGGCCGCUCGCCGCCUCAAACCUACACGCCGCCAUGCAAGGCAACGGCACCUCCCUCUAUGACUUCCUCAUGCCCGACUAUGCUGCCCAGACAACUGGGAUCCUGCCCAUCACCGACCUCCAGCGUUCGGCCGUCUCGUGUGCUGAUGCCCGCCCGCCCGUGCCUGGCUCCCAAGAGGACUUCCCAUCACCUGAGGACCUGGCGGACCACGGGAUCAGGACGCUGAAGGGGGUGUCGAGGCACUUUGGGGUCAGUGUGAGUGUGGUGGAGAAGGACGGAGAGUGCCAGUAUUGGCCUGUCAGGGCUCCGGAGAGGUUCGCAGGUCCGUGGAAUGCGAAAUUAGAGAGGCCGAUGUUGGUUGUCAGUGCUAAGUCGGAUCCGGUAACGCCGCUCCGGAGCGCGGUACUCGUCAACUCACUCAUGGGUAACUCGACGUCGCUCGUUAUUCAAGAAGGACCAGGACAUUGUUCAACCGGUCUUCCAACCCUCUGCGUCGCCAAGCUCAAGAGGGCGUACUUCGCAGGAGAGACACCGGCGAAUGGGACGUUCUGCAAACAAGAGCUGCGCACUUUCCCUUCGGCCGGCGCGGGCAUGCUCGAUGCCGACUUGGAGGCGUCUAUGACGGAAGACGAUCGAGCCCUCUUGGAGGCGCUGAGGCAGGUUCCACGCUUGCAAGGCGAUAUUCCUCAGGGAAUGGAUCAAUUUUGA